GCUGACCACGCUAUAUAAACUCUUCAUCCAAUGCCACGCCUCUAGUGAGAUACGGUUAGGCCUACUGGUGGUGUGUUGGGCUGGGCUGGUCUGUCUUAUCUCGAGUCCCCGAUAAACAGCCACCAUGUGUGACGAGGAAGCUUGUCCCCUGGUGGUGGACAAUGGCUCCGGCCUUUGCAAGGCUGGCUUCGCCGGAGACGACGCCCCUCGAUCUGUCUUUCCUUCCCUCGUCGGCCGCCCUCGUCACCAGGGUGUGAUGGUGGGCAUGGGUCAGAAGGACGCCUACGUCGGUGAAGAAGCACAGAGCAAGCGAGGUAUCUUGACCCUCAAGUAUCCUGUCGAGCACGGCAUCAUCACCAACUGGGACGACAUGGAGAAGAUUUGGCAUCAUACUUUUUACAACGAGCUCCGCGUUGCCCCUGAGGAGUCCCCCACACUGCUGACGGAGGCUCCGUUCAAUCCCAAGGCCAACAGAGAAAAAAUGGUGCAAAUUAUGUUCGAAACGUUUGGUUGCCCCACCACCUACAUAGCCAUCCAGGCCGUGCUGUCCUUGUACGCCUCGGGCCGCACCACAGGCAUCGUGAUGGACUCAGGUGACGGCGUGACGCACUGUGUUCCAAUCUUUGAAGGCUUUGCUCUCCCUCACGCGAUUCUCCGCCUGGACUUAGCUGGCAGAGACUUGACAAACUAUCUCAUGAAAAUUCUCACCGAACGAGGCUACUCCUUCACCACGAGCGCCGAGAGAGAGAUCGUGCGAGACAUUAAAGACAAGCUUUGCUACGUAGCUCUUGAUUUUGACGAGGAACUUAACCAAGCUUCUCACUCAACCGCACUGGACAAAUCUUACGAGCUGCCCGACGGUCAGAUCAUCACAAUCGGUAACGAGAGGUUCCGGUGCCCAGAGGCGCUCUUCCACCCUUCUAAUAUUGGUAUGGAAGCGCAGGGAAUAGACUCAUUUGUCUUCACCUCCAUCAUGAAAUGUGACAUAGACAUACGAAAAGAUCUCUUCGCUAAUAACGUUAUGUCUGGCGGCACUACCAUGUUCCCUGGUAUUGCUGACCGCAUGCAGAAGCAACUUUCUGCCCUGGCUCCCUCCACCAUCAAGAUCAAGAUUAUUGCUCCUCCUGAACGCAAAUACUCUGUCUGGAUUGGCGGUUCCAUCUUGGCCUCUCUGUCCACUUUCCAGUCCAUGUGGAUCACAAAGGAGGAGUAUGACGAAUGUGGACCCGGCAUUGUCCACAAAAAAUGCUUCUAGAUUUUACGCACACACACACACACACACACACACACACACACACACACACACUGCUCUCUUACCAUGUUCCCUCACUGACACUCAUCAUGGCCUCUGUUUGGAAGUGUCUACCUGUCAGACACGAUAAAUUAUCUCCUCGGCCACGCAUGUGACUGACUAGCAGGUGAAGGCAUCAGGAAUGUCUUCUGGCUGUAACUACUCGCUUGUAUGCACGUGAGGCUCGCGAGAGUCUGUGAUUUAGUUAAGUUGUAAUGUUAUAAGCUGUGACUUGUUGUAGUCCCCGGGAAAGAAUUUUAGAUGUUACACUUCAAAAUAAAAGACUAUUUUCGUGA